CUCAUAUCAAGUUUAACUCCUACAAGUGCAAUUGUCACAGAAACAAUUGCGCCCUGCAUAGGUAGCUUGGUUGGUGAACUAAUGGAUACUAUAUAAAAUAAUUGAAUAAUAUAAAAUAUUCCAACAAUAAAAGCAUAAGAUGGGUUGGAAAAAUGAGAAGGGAGAGCACUUGGAGUGGGCAUUUCAGACAACAGAGACAUUUAUUGAAUUAAUUUAUAAUCGUGUCGAAAAGAAGCAAAUGGAAAAGUCAAGCUUUAAGAUAGAAAUUUGGGAAGAUAUAAACAAUGAAUUGAAAAAUAUCACAGGAUUUAAUUUUGGCGUCGAUAAGCGGAAGCAAAAGUGUAAUCGUCUACGUGAUGAAUUUUCAGGAUAUUGUUGUGAACCAAAAUACAAUUCGAAAGGAAAGCUUCCCACGAAAUUUAUUGAAUAUGGAUUGAAGCAUGACUAUGAUAUGGAUAUGCUUGGUGAAAUAUUCAAUAAAUUAGGCCAGCUGUUGAUGUGCUGCAGAAAGCAAUAGAGGAAGACCAUGUUUUAAAAGUUGUUCAUAUUGAUCCUGAUCCUAUUGAAGUUCAUGGAGACUUGCAAGAAUUUGACAAAAAGAGGAAAACUGUUGUGUCUUCAAGUGAUUACCAAUACCAACAUAAGGAAGCAAAAAGAUCGAAGAAAUUCGAAGCAAGUUUAAGCAACUCGACUGAAUCAAUUAAUGGAAAGACAGAGGCUCGGCGAAUUCUUUACUUUAUAUGUUGGACAAGAUCAAGAC